UUCUCUCAGACGGAAGACCAGUGCGGCACAAAAACAACUCCACAGGUUUUAAACUGGGACCAUUUUAUUACUACAGGGAUGUAAUUAGACGUUAAAAGAGGGAAAAACUCUCUCUCAACCAAAGACGGUUCUCACAGCCAUGGCCGCUGAACUCCAUGCAGCAAUUUUUAUGGCCAAACAAGAGCGACACAAGAAUCUUUUCCUGAACUAUAGAAACCUCAACAACUUCCCUGUCGAGCUCCUCCGAGAUGAAGGGAUGCAGUUCCUGGAGCGUCUCUUCAUGAAGAGAAACUCACUCACAUCCCUCCCAGAGAAUCUGGCUCAGAAGCUUCCCAACCUGAUUGAAUUAUACCUGCACUCAAACAAUAUUGCAAUAAUUCCUCAAGCAAUUGGCAACCUUGUGAAGCUGCAGUCACUGGACCUGAGUGACAACGCUCUUCAAAUCAUCUGCCCAGAGAUUGGUCAACUGCGCUCAUUGCGACACCUGCGAUUGGCCAACAAUCAACUGAAAUUCCUCCCGCAAGAGCUGGGAGAUCUUCGAGAGCUGGAGACUCUGGACGUGUCCAUGAACCUCCUGAGGACUCUUCCAGAGCGCCUGCACCAGUGCCUGUCCCUGCAGUGUUUGACAGCUGACCGAAACAUGCUUCAGUGCCUUCCUCGCCAGCUCUGUCUGCUGCCUGACCUCAAUGAGCUCUCCAUGGCUGCCAACUGCCUGACAUCACUACCCCUGGAUAUGGGCCGUUCCAUGGAGCUGCAGUUUGUCUUUGUGGACAACAACACUCAUCUGAAGGCUCUCCCAUCGUAUCUUUAUAACAAAGUCAUCGGCUGCAGUGGAUGUGGUCUAGCUGGUCAGGUCUCUGACGUGAAGCAGCUCUGCUUGACUCUUGGAGAUGUGACUGUUCCUCUGCCCUCUGAAGUGAAGGCCAUCGGCUCCGAGACUGACAGUGUGUUGCCUCUGGAAGAGCUGGCAUGCAGAGUCCUGCAUGCGGCCCACAACUGGACCGAUGGGAAUUUCCUGACUCCGUUCCUGUUGCCCAAGAGUCUACUGGAAGUCGUCCGGUGUCCUCUGGGUCACUGUCACCGCUGCAGUCAGCCCAUGUUCACCAUCGUCUACACCAAACUGUUCCCGCUCAGAGAGACUGCGCUCGCAGGGGUGCACAAGAGAACCACAGUGAGUUUUGUUGCGUACUGCUGCUCUAGUCAGUGUCUGAGGACGUUUGACCUGCAGGGCUGAUGUCUCACAGCACUGCUCAUGGUGUGUUCAUCUUCACAAAGGAUAUCAGACAUCUUUCUGAGCUUCAAGCCCCACUUCAGGAACAUUUGACACACCCACCGUCACGAAGAUCUUCAUGACAGACAUUAAAGUAUGUCCUCCUGUCCUGAGUGUAGCAUCUUUUAAGAAAACCAGCAGUUUGGUUAAACCCGAUUACGUUUCACAAAUGAAUGUAGAACUGAAGCAAUCGAUCAAUAAAGUAUUGUUUGUGUUGGGAUUGUUACGGUUUCUUGAGAAACGUAACAUUUAUUCUGUUUUAAAGAUUACCUACAUAUAUAAAUUUAAAACGAAUGACGUUUAAGUGAGAUAUGGAUAUUUUUGUUUUCAUUUGAGAGGAAAACAGAAUUGUUUUUUAGAGCACUAUCCUGAAAAUAUUACUGAAAUGUCACAUUUAGUGAAGUAUUUCAUAAAGACCAUGACCUAAUUUUUUCCUUUUUAAAUGUAAAUGUGUGUCAGUUUAAUCUGAGGCUCAUAAUGCAAGUGUAAAGUGACCAGGAUCCAGCUCUUUUAAAACACUAUGAGUUAGGACUACAUAGAUACUGCUAUAAAGUGCCAAUUGACUUAAAUGAAAACAUGAAAUUGAUUGUUCUCAUUGAGUACUAUUUUUGUGUAAGAGAAUAUUUUCAAAAGACUGAGACUACACUACAGCUGUCAGUCGGUGUGCCGAUACAUCAGCGUCGUUAAGCUUUCAGGCAUGACUUUCUUGCUAAAUGUAUAGAUGUUACUGUUACAGUUCUUUGUGAUUUGAGUUUGUUCAGCCUAACUUUUUUCUGUUGUUGAUGUUUCAUGUUGGCAUUUAUACGUAUGUAUUUGUGCUGUUAUUCGACUGUUUGGCUACAAUAACAAUGUUUAAAACAUCUCGGAGGUUUUCUAAUUUCAAUUUCAUUCAUAGUGAGCACCGUUUUGACUGUGAAUGUAACUGUUAUGGCAGCACUGAAGCUGCAUAAAUACACAGAAUCAUUACAUUG